UGAUAUUACAGACAACUAAGGUUCUGUCUUAUGUCAAUCUCAAUACGAUCAUGUCUCUGAUGCUGUAAGAAGUGUGGGGAAAAAAGUUGAAAACGAUGAGUCAGGAAUCCUAAGCUUUGACACAACCAACUCUCUUAGUUGACAUAAGCAUUUGCUAUCAUCCCUGAAAUGGAAUCACCGGCCAGAUAAAAAGAGAUCAAAAUAUAAUAAUAUCCUCUCCCACUUCCUCUUCUUUAUUGUCUAUAAAAAUCCUCCUUGAUCAUUCUCCAAAAAAAAAAAUUCUUGAUUUGUUCCUCUAUUUAUAUAAUACCAGAAACCCACAACACCUUUUUACUUCUAAUACAAAAAACUUUCCUUAAAAAGCAGUACAAUAAAUUGAGAGUUCAGCAGUCAUGAUUUUCCAGGGUGGGAAAGAAGAAGCAGUAGAUAUAUCUUCUCUCCAUAACCAAGAUGCUGAAUCAAAAGUCACCAACACCGAUCAAUCACGAGCUGAUGAGUAUGAUAAUAUGAAGGAAUGGUUGAGUCUAGCCCUCAACCGACAUCAGCCUCUCGCAGAUGGAGACUGUGAUCCUGCAUCGUCAUCAAAGCCUUUUGCUGCUAGUAACAAGGUUUUCUCAUGCAACUUUUGCAUGAGAAAAUUUUAUAGCUCGCAAGCUUUGGGGGGUCAUCAGAAUGCACAUAAAAGAGAAAGAGGAGCUGCUAAGAGGUUCCAGUCUCAUAGAAUGAUGAUGGCAACUAGAACAGCAGUCGGGCUCCCAUUCAAUCAUGACUCAGUUAGAUCACUUGGUAUCCGAGCUCAUUCACUUCUACACAAGCCUAGCAGAUCACAAGGGUCUAAUUCUGUUGCUCGAUUUGGGGAUACAAAUGCAGGUUUUGGCUUGGCUUGGACUCCCCUUAUGCUUGAAGAAGCAAUGAAUCAUUGGGUCUGGCCUGGAAGCUUCCGUAUGGAUAGAGAACAAGCUUCAGAUUUGCAUAAGCUUGACUUAAAUCUUAGGUUGUGAUCCUCCCAUUUUAGUUUUAGCAAUCUUCUUUAUAAUUGUUUAUGCUUAUGCCUUUGGCGUUAGAUAAUCAGAUGUUGCCUUUAAAUUUCAUUAACAACCGAGUAUUGCUAAUUAA